UUGAUUUUGAUUCAUUACAAUUUAAUCCUUCUACUUUCUUCUCUUAUUUAAUUCACAUUUCUCUCAUUUUGUUGGCUUGAAAAAUAUUCUCUUUCAAGUAAUGGGUAUCAGUAUGGCUGCAGAGACUCAGUUCCAUGUUUUGGCUGUUGAUGAUAGUAUUAUUGAUAGAAUGUUGAUUGAGAGGCUCCUCAAAACUUCUUCUUUUCAUGUUACUACAAUGGACUCUGCUAGUAAGGCUUUAAAAUUUCUUGGUUUGGUUGAGGAUGUGGCUUCAGAAGUUCAUGGGGAUGUAGAUGUAAAUCUGAUCAUAGCAGAUUAUUGUAUGCCAGGGAUGACUGGCUAUGAUCUGCUCAGAAAAAUCAAGGAAUCCAAACUUUUAAAGACAUACCGGUUGUGAUUAUGUCUUCAGAGAAUGUUUCAUCACGGAUAAGCAGAAGGAGCUGAAGAAUUCUUCCUGAAACCAGUUCAACAAUCAGAUGUAAACAAGCUGAAGCCUCAUUUGUUGAAAUCAAGAGUUAAGGAAGAGCAAGAACAAACAACCCAUCAACAAUAAAAGGAAAGGC